GCUCCGGCGUGUCCACGAGUGCAUUCAUCUCUUCUCUUUCCCCUGUUCGAUUUGGUGGCGCUACAUUCGGCGCGGAUUCCCCAUCUUUCCUCCCGUUUCUGCUGAUUUCUCCCCCGCUCACGCAGCACCUGCCACCUGAUCGACGGAAUGUCCAAGAAGGCCACGGCAGGCGGCAAGGAUCGCUUCGGCGACCUCACCGACGACCUCCUCGGGCAUGUGCUGUCAUUUCUUCCGCUGGAAGAUGCCCUGCAGACCUGCGUGCUAGACACCAGGUGGCGCAACCAUUGGAGGCGCACCACCACCCAGGACUUCAUCGUUGGCAAGAGGUCAAGUCCCCUGAGCUGCGAGCGUCUCAAACAGUUGGUGAAGCUAUUCAUCCACCUCCGCGGAAGCUCACCUCUCGACGAGUGCAAUAUCGAUGUCUGCCGUGAUGAUGAUGAUGAGAAGGGCACAUACAGAAACACCGAGCUUUUGAUCGCGUAUGCUCUAGAGUGCCAAGUUAGGGAACUCCUAGUCACUGUUGAUUACUUCGGGGAGGGUCAACGGAAGCUCCACAAGCCUCUCAUCUCUCAGCACUUGAAGACCAUACACCUCGAAUGGGUUAAGCUAGAAUGCUCUGCUCUGAAUUUCUCGCGCUGCCCAGUAUUAGAGGAUCUGAAGAUGCGACGUUGCAUAAUUUAUGCACACAGGAUAUCAUCCAAAUCGCUAAAGCGGCUGUGCAUUACCGGCUCUUGUUGCUUCGCUGAGGAUGUCCACACUCGGAUUUUUGCUCCCAACCUUAUCUCGCUGCAACUUGAUGGGUUUGAUGGCUUUCCUCCUUUCAUCGAGUACAUGCCAUUCUUGGUAGCAGCUUAUGUCCGGCUUCGUGAUACCUGCUUCGAUUUCUGUCGUGAGAGUGAUGACUUUGGUUGUUAUGAUUGUCCUGUUUUCGAGGGUGUUCUCAAUGGGUUGACCAAUGCUGUCAAUUUGGAGUUUGUAUCUGAAAAUGGAAUGUUUAGCCACUUAUGGUGUUCAGAAUGGUUCCCCAUAUUUGACAAACUAAAGACUCUGUUACUCAAUGAGUGUUUUAUGGCUAGUGAUCUAGUUUGCAUUCUCAAACACACUCCAAUCCUUGAGGUGCUCACUCUUCAGCUUGGUAAACCUAAGAUACUCAUUAGAGUAACAGACUCCCAAGAAACGGUGGAACAAUCAGUUGUGUGUGCACACCUUGAGGUUGUCAACAUUGAAUGUAGAAAGGUUGAUGAGAGAAUUCGCACUAUUUUGAAGAUCUUGAGUACAUGUGGCAUACCUCGUGGGAAAAUUAGCAUCAAGGACCUAUUUUGUUGCUCAAAUCGCUUUAGUUUUCAGAAGGCUCCGCGGUCGCAGCUUCCCUCUACUACGGCACCAGUAGCUGCAGUUUCUACCAUUGAUGGCACCUGA